CAGUCAGCAGGAGGCGGGGAUGAUCUCCGCCUCCGCCUCCUCGGUUGCUGUUGACGGGGUCCCCGGCGGUUCCGUUCGGCCCUCUCUUGGCUCUCCGGCCGCGCUUUCGAGGCUCUCCGCGGGCGGAGCAAUGCAGCCCCCGGGUCCCCCCAAAGCUUCUCCUCCGCUGCAGCCGCUCUUCGCUCCCAGUAACGGCGACUUCACCUUCGUCUCCUCAGCCGACGCCGAAGAUCUAAGUGGCUCAAUAGCAUCUACAGAUGUGAAGCUCAACCUUGGAGGAGGAAAUGUGGAAUUGAUGAAAGAAUCCACAGCAACUACCUUCCUGAGGCAAAGAGGUUAUGGCUGGCUUUUGGAAGUAGAAGAUGAUGACCCUGAAGAUAAUAAACCACUCCUAGAAGAAUUAGACAUUGAUCUGAAGGAUAUAUACUACAAAAUUCGGUGCGUCUUGAUGCCAAUGCCUUCUCUCGGAUUCAACAGACAAGUAGUAAGAGAUAAUCCUGACUUCUGGGGUCCUUUGGCUGUUGUCUUAUUCUUCUCAAUGAUUUCAUUAUAUGGACAGUUCAAGGUGGUAUCCUGGAUUAUAACUAUUUGGAUAUUUGGAUCCUUAACAAUCUUCCUGUUGGCCAGAGUUCUUGGAGGAGAGGUUGCAUAUGGCCAAGUUCUUGGAGUGAUUGGAUAUUCUUUACUUCCUCUUAUUGUAAUAGCACCUGUGCUCCUGGUGGUUGGAUCAUUUGAAAUUGUUUCUACUCUAAUAAAACUUUUUGGAGUGUUUUGGGCUGCAUACAGUGCUGCUUCCUUAUUAGUUGGUGAAGAAUUUAAAACUAAGAAGCCUCUUCUGAUUUAUCCCAUCUUUUUAUUGUACAUUUAUUUUCUGUCUUUAUAUACUGGGGUGUGACCAAAAUUGCUAGAUUUGAACAAGGACGUUUUGAUCACCACAAAGACUGAACUGUUGGUGGAUAGAAAAGGCAAGUGACUCUAUCCUAUCAGGCUGACAACGUCUCAGUAGUAUCCUUAAGUAUAUCUGUGUAUAUUAUUUACGCAUUUGUAAUUAUAUUACAGAUUUAUACCAGAGUUUUAGGUUUGUUAGAUUUUUAAUGAAUAAGGAUGGUAACAUUUAUAAACAUGUACAUUGAAGAAUAACACCUUGUUACUUGUGCCAAAAGCACGAGGUCCAUAUGAUAGGUAAACUGUCGUGGAACUUUGGCAACUGUUGAAAAAACUAAGCCAUCACUUGAAACUACAGUUACUGUAAAUGUAUUUAUCAGUCAAUCCUCAUUGUUCCCGCUAGUGAUCAAGACCUUAUAUUUUAAUGUGGAAUCUUACCCAAUCUUGACUUGACUGUUAUCAGUUCUGAUUUAAAGUUUUAUGUUGAUCAGACAAAGGUCAGCUUAUGAAAUUUCAUUGUAAAGGAGAUGUAUGGUUGUCAUUACCAUAACAUGAAAUAUUUGAAGUAAUUCUUUUUUUAAAAAAUCAACUGUAAAUAUGUCAUAGCAAAACAUUACUUUACAAAGUUGACUUUGAAAUCUUUGGAAAUUUUUUUUUUUAACCUGCAGCUUUAUGAAAGCAGUGGUAAGUGGAAGAAAAGUUUAAACAAAUAGUAUGAUUCCAGACAAUUUCUUCAAUAGAAUAAACAUUGCUUUCUUCAAAAUUGAA